UCCAUUGUUGUUUCUCUCCUCUCCUGCUCAGACUCUGCGACUCUCUCUCGUGCUCACAUUGGUGUUGUGUUGUGUUGUAUUUCACUGUUGUGUAUGUUUAAGUGUAUAGGAGCCCUUUUUCAUUAGUCGCUGCCUCCUUUUCCUGUGUCCCCUUUGUUUGUUUGUGUUUGUUUCGUUUGCUUUUUCAUUUAUUGUCGUCUGAGAUUCUUGAUUGUGUGUGUGUACUGUGUGCCUUUUUCUUCCUGAUUUUAAGGGCUUGCUUUGCUUCUGACUUGCUUCAAUUUCAAAUCUUUUGUAAUGGUGUUCCAAUUUCAAAUCUUUUUGUAGCCCACAGCACACCUCCCUGGCCCCAUCCCCCAAUAUACACUUCUUUGAGUGAUUUCUUGAAGAAAAAUUGGGUCUUGCAUUUUCUUGCUUCAUUGUUCCUAUUUGUGGGCAUUUGGAGGGAAAAAGGGAGAAUUUGAGAGAGAGAGAGAGAGAGAGAGAGGGCAUGUUGAAACUUGAAAAUAACCUUAAAAAAAUGGGGUUUUUGAGCUUGUUUGGUGUUGUUCUGGUUGGUUUGAUAGUAAGGUCUCAGCUAGGUAGUGCUCAGGGUCUGACUCUAGAUGAUCAGACCACAUUGGUAGCAAUUGGGAAAGAGCUAGGAAUAUCAGGGUGGAAUUUGAACGGCUCUGAUUUCUGCUCUUGGCAUGGCAUUGGGUGCAGCUUGGGGGAAUCAAUGGUGGAGAGGCUUGAUCUUUCUGGCUUAAGGCUACAAGGUAAUGUGACCUUAAUAUCUGAGCUCAAAGCAUUGAGGUGGCUGGACCUUUCUGCUAAUAAUUUCCAAGGAUCUAUUCCACCUGCUUUUGGUGAACUUUCUGAGCUUCAAUUUCUUGAUUUGUCUUUUAAUAUGUUUGAGGAUUCAAUCCCCAAAGAAUUGGGUAGGCUUAGAAACCUUAAAGCAUUGAACCUCUCACACAACUGGCUCUCAGGAGCAAUGCCUCACGAAUUCGAGGGUCUUGAGAAGUUGCAAGAUUUUCAGAUUUUUAGCAAUAGGUUGAAUGGUUCGAUGCCAAUGUGGUUGGGCAAUCUGACCAACCUCAGAGUAUUUGCAGCCUAUGAGAACCAAUUUAGUGGUGCAAUUCCUGCAAAUUUAGGCCUCAAUUCUGAGCUUAAGUUGUUGAACCUUCACUCGAACCAGCUUGAAGGCAUAAUCCCAGAAAGUAUAUUUGCUGGAAAGAAGCUAGAGGUUUUAGUUCUGACACAGAAUAAUUUGAUUGGCAAUAUUCCUCAAUCUAUUGGGAAUUGUAAAGGCAUUUCAAGCAUUAGAAUUGGGAAUAAUAGGUUUAUAGGAACCCUUCCUAAAACAGUUGGUAAUAUCAUUAGCCUUACUUACUUCGAAGUGGAUAAUAACCACCUGUCAGGGGAGAUUGUCCCCGAGUUUUCUCUGUGCUCUAAUCUCACUCUGCUCAAUUUGGCCUCAAAUGGGUUUACCGGAAGAAUCCCUCCCGAGUUUGGCAAACUUUCCAAUCUGCAGGAGUUGAUUGUUUCGGGAAAUAGCCUUUUCGGUGAGAUUCCUUCCUCACUUCUUGAGGUGAAAAAUCUCAAUAAGCUGGAUUUAAGCCACAACAGAUUCAACGGCUCCAUUCCUCAAAGCAUCUGCAAUGCUUCCAGAUUGCAAUAUCUACUGCUAGAUCAGAAUUCGAUAAGAGGAGAGAUACCUCAUGAGAUCGGGAACUGCAUAAAGCUGCUUGAAUUACAAGUAGGGAACAAUUACCUCAGCGGGAAUAUCCCUCCCGAGAUAGGCCAUUUGAGGAGCUUGCAGAUCGCAUUGAACGUGAGCUACAAUUAUCUGAGUGGAAAGUUGCCUCAGGAGUUGGGAAAACUCGACAAGUUAGUUUCUCUCGAUGUCUCUAAUAAUAAGCUGUCGGGUAGCAUCCCAUCGACCUGUAUUGGCAUGCUAAGUUUGAUAGAGGUUAAUUUCUCCAACAACCAAUUCACCGGGAGGAUACCUACCUUCUUGCCAUUCCAAAAGAGCUUAAAUACAAGUUUUAUUGGAAACAAAGGCCUCUGUGGCAGCCCCUUGAGUAAUGGUUGCCCAAAUUUGGACCAUUACAACCAUUUUUACCAUCACAGGGCUUCCUACAAGAAUGCUUUGACAGUUAUCGGUUCUGGUUUGGCAGUUUUUGUAUGUGUGAGUAUCAUUGUCUUUCUGUUUAUGAUGAGGGAGAAUCAAGAAAAGGCUGUCAAAGCUGAGGAAACAGUCACCGAUGAAGUGUGCAGCAUACCUGCGAUAAUUGCAGGAAACGUUUUUGUUGAAAAUCUUAGCCAAGCAAUUGAUUUCGAUGAAGCUGCAAAGGCAGCUACGAAAGAUGCAAAUAUGGUUAGCAAUGGUACUUUCAGCACCGUCUACAGGGCAGAAAUGCCUUCUGGGAUGAUUUUGUCAGUUCGGAAGCUAAAAUCAAUGGACAGAACAAUCGUACAACACCAGAGCAAGAUUAUCAGAGAGCUUGAAAAGCUUAGCAAGCUCUGUCACAACAAUCUGAUCAGACCUGUUGGGUUUGCAAUCUACGAAGACACUGUUCUUCUGUUCCAUCAAUACUUCCCCAAUGGGACACUCGCUGAGUUUCUUCAUGAAUCUACCAAGAAACCAGAAUACAAUCCCGAUUGGCCAACAAGACUCUCCAUGGCCAUUGGAGUGGCUGAAGGGCUGGCUUUCCUUCACAGCCUCGCCAUUAUCCACCUCGACAUUUCUUCCAGCAAUGUACUUCUGGAUUCCAAUUUCAAGCCUUUGGUUAGUGAAGUUGAAAUAUCUAGACUUCUCGACCCGUCCAGAGGGACUGCAAGCAUCACUGCUGUUGCUGGCUCAUUUGGGUAUAUUCCGCCAGAGUACGCAUAUACAAUGCAAGUAACACCGCCAGGAAAUGUGUACAGCUACGGGGUUGUUUUGCUCGAGAUCCUUACCACCAGACUACCCGUUGAUGAAGCCUUUGGCGAAGGAAUAGAUUUAGUUAAGAUGGUUCAUGGCGCACCUGCAAGAGGGGAAACACCUGAGCAGAUUCUUGAUUCUAGACUUAGUACUGUUUCAUUUUCUUGGAGGAAAGAGAUGCUAAUGGCCCUAAAGAUUGCAUUGCUUUGCACUGACAGCACGCCGGCAAAAAGGCCCAAAAUGAAGAAGGUUGUUGAAAUGCUUCAAGAAAUUACAGAGAAUUGAAUACUGUAUAAAAGUGAAUCUUCCAAGUUCUUGGUUUCAAUUCUUGAACCCUUUUGGCCUUAUGGUAGUUAUGAAGAUAUGCAAGCUUUCAUCUUUAUUCUAUGGUGUAUCAGUGAGCAAAAUCUGUACAUUUCCUGUAUUAAGAUUUAAGAAGCAUUUGUUGAUGCAAUGCUGCAAUGUAGAUGAGUUGUAUGAUGUACCAAAAAAUGGUAAUGAGAUAUAUGAUUGAGGGGUAGUAAAAGCAAAAAAGGGCCCCCCAUAUUAGUAAGAUCUGUCUUACUAUUA